AUGUAUGAAGACAUCACCAAGCCACCAAAGGCUCUACCUAAGCCGGAUCCCCAAGAGAUCAAGCCAGGUCUGACUAUUCAGGCUCCGCUGACUCGGUGUGGAAAGAAUGGUCCUGGCAUCAUUACCGUCGUUGCAGACAUCGAAGACAAGACCAGAACACACCUUGAUGGCGCCCCCUCAUUAAUUCUCAAAUGGGCGGAAGAAGGAUACACCGUGGCUGAGAUCCAAACUUCUGCUCUGCGUUCAGAUGAGGGACUCCUGCAGCAGGCUGUGACCGCUCUUCGCCAGUGCGAGAAAUGCGAUGGAACAGAGAGAAUCGGACUUGUUGUGUAUGACCAUACUUUGCUGUCACAGAUCGCUGGAGUGAUAUCCAACGUACCCGAGAUCGCGGGGAUCAUCAUCUACACAGACUCAACGACUGAGCAGCAACAACUUCCCGUCCCAACAUUACUGCAUAUUGCCGGAGCACAGCCGCAAAAUUCGCCUACGCAACAGCCAGGCAGUAAAGAUCGCAAAUACUACUAUGCAACUCUUAAAUCUGCAAGCUUUGCCACACCUUUCACUCCAGAAUUCCACUACAACUCUGAAGCCGUCUCGCACACUCGCAAUCUGACGUUCCUCAAGCCUCAAGUCGGUGGUCCGUAUUUUGACCUCGAGACGAUAUGGGACGAACACACUUACUAUGAGUUUGCCGAUCGAUCUGUGCAGCACACCAUGAGUACCAUGGUGCAAGAGCCAUAUGUCAACCACGUCCCAACACUCACUGGUGGCGUAGGUCGCGACAGAUUGUCGACUUUUUAUCGCGAUAGCUUCAUCUUCAGUAACUCCGCAGAUACCGAACUGGAACUGAUCAGUAGAACCAUUGGUAUUGAUCGCAUUGUUGAUGAAUUUAUCUUCAAGUUCACCCACACACAGGAGGUCCCAUGGUUGGUCCCUGGUAUCCCAGCAACAAAUCUUCCACUUGAAAUUCCCUUCACCGCAGUAGUGAAUAUACGAGGCGAUCGACUUUAUCAUGAACACAUUUCCUGGGAUCAAGGCACAGUAUUGCUUCAAUUAGGCUUGCUGCCGGAAUACUUGCCCUUCCCACAUCCUCUGCCUGGUGUUGCUGCUGGGACCAAGGUCGAGUAUAAAUUGCCCGUCGCUGGCUUGGAUGCCGCACGGAAGAUCCGAGAUCGGAACUCGGUUCUCUCUAAUCAGUUGAUGGAGUACAAGGUCCGGACCGAAGGGGUGGGCAGUUGA